AUGUUUGAAUCAAUAGUGAAUGAUUAUCUUCAAAGUACACCAUACAAGGAGUGGUUGAUCAUUGUCAUCUUGCAAUAUACAGCAUCAAAAUCUGAAUUAUCUAGAGAUACAAUUGACAUCCUCAAAACUGAUUCAUAUUCAGUACUAUGGAGUUUGUGCAAAAGAUGCAAUACACAAGUGUAUGCCAAAAACAAGGCGAAUAAAAUUUUAUCAAACCAUGAUAAAUCAUUUUCUUCAGAUGAUGUGAAACAUUUUAUUGAUGAAGUUCAAUUAAAAAAUGAAAGAAAGGAAUUCAAUAUAGCAGUAUGUCAAAAUGUAACAUCAGCAAACACAUUACAAACAUUAAAGGAACAUUGUGUGGCCAAAAUAGAAAUCGAGGAUAUACGCAAUGUGGAUGUAAAUGAAGUCACUGUAUCUACUGGUAAUACAAUCAAACUCAUUUUACAUUAUGUAUUGAAAUGUGACUUGGUGGAGAGAGUCCAGGAAGAAGUAGAUAUAUUUAGUGCUCAGAGAAUUGAGAGUGAGUUGGGUCAGCUACUGGAAAGUUUAGAGACAAAAUCGCACUUGGAAAAUUAUAACAUUAUUUGUCUUUUCAAUGUUGAAUUUUCUUACAUGAAACAACUCUUUAAAAAAUUACCAAUGGAUCAGAUGUGCAUGAUAAAGAAUAAAUGGUCAGAGGCUGAAGAAUUUAUUAGUAAAAAAGAGAUCAAAGAAUGUUGGAAUGGGUGCUCAUUAAAGAAACGGGUGGACAAUAACCACCAAAUCAUCAAAGAAAAUGGAAAUGAAGAUACUUUUUAUGUUGAUCUUAAUGCACUUAUAGCAUCAUUUACAAAAUAA